CUUAGGACAGCUCCUGGCUCCUUCCCUCAGCCAGUGGCCCUCAGGGCCUGCGUCACCCACACCCCAGCUCUCCCUGCCGGGUCUCACACUUGCUGGUCCCUCCGCCUGGGACAGUCUCCCUCCUGGUGUCAUCUUCUCCGUGGUGGGUCCGUCUUGGCCCUGCACCCCCACCAGGGACUGGUCACUGUGUUCACCCGGUAGGCUGGAUGCUUCGUGGAGGGCUCCAAAGCUGGCCGAUUGGGCUUCCUCUGUUUCUCCCAGACCCUGUGUGCUGCAGUGAGAGGAGCCUUUGUGUCUCUGUGGUUUGCUGCUGAAGCUGAUGCAGAGAGAAGCAAGGGAGACAAGCCUGUCCAGAAAGGCGUGGGGCUCAGCUGGGAGGUGGAAGACACAGACCUGCCCCGGGCCAGGUGGGUCACAGAUGCGCCACCAGGCACUCUGUGUGGCACUGGGCACAGGAAUUCUGGAAUUCAGUCUGCAAGGGUGGUGGGCAUUGGUCGUCCCCUGGGAGAAGCCUUUUGAGUGGGCAUUGAGCAGGCCGGUAGCUCGUGCCCUGAGGAGGUAGAUGGGCGGCACAGCCUUUCCACAGAAAUUAAGUGGGCACGCAUGGGUGUGGCUCUGCGCUCACCUGGGCUAGGACUUCUGGCCGGUGCUGGGGCGCUGUGUGACCCUGGCAGAAUGGAGCUUUCCCUGACUGAAAGAGGAAGAAGAGCAUGCCUGACCCACUGGCACCCCAUCCCGCACUGCUCCACCUGGGGACUGCCUCUGGGCGUGGCGGGGUCCUGGCUGACUGCUGACGCACUGGGGGUGUGGGGCGUGGGAGUUAGGAGGACUGGCCAGGUGGGACCCACCACGUGCCCACCCCCAGUGUCAGGAGCUUCCCCUCUCCCUGCCCACCACCUCCUCCUCUUCCUCAUGGUCAUCCUCACUUGUUGAGGACAUCCUGUGUGCCACGUGGUUUAUAUGCCCAGCCUCAUUUACUCCUCAGAAUGACUCUAUUAGGUAGCUACUAAAACCCCCCACUAACAGAUGAGGAAACCGAGGCCCAGAGAAGCUCAACCACUUGCCUGAGGUUCAAGUUUCCUCUCCCAAUUCUCCUACUCUUUCCUUUUCUUCUCGUCUCUCCCGUCCUUCCCGGCCUCUUCCUUAACUAGACAAUUUUUUCUUGAGCGUCUGCUAGGUGCAGGCAAGAGCCAGGUGCUGGGAAGAUCAUGAUGACCCAGCUCCUUCUGAUCCUUUCCUUAACUGGUUAGAGGCCGGGGAACGUGCAAGUUCAGCUCCAGCCGACGGGGGCAUUGGUGGUAGCCCCAGGAGAACUUGUGCAAUUCGGCUGUGAGGCUGAAUCUGGCUGUAGGAAAGCAUGUUGCAAUCCAUGAGUGACUGCCCUGCGCACGGCAUGGAGAGGGAGGCACCUGUGCUGUCUUCUCAUAGACCCUAGACUGAUGGGGCCUCUGAGGCUCAUCCAGACACUGUGUGCGUUGCAUGCCCUCCCAACCAAUUCAGUAUUUUUUCUCUUCAUUUUCCAGUGAGAAAACAGAAUCUAAGGUUCUUAUUGGAACCCAGGAUCCACAGACCCUGGUUUUCUGUGACGUCAUGCUGUAGGGCACUGUACUCUCUUUGCUUUGGCUGCUGGGGAGCUCAGAAGGGAGCUUUAGGUUUGCUCUCAGUCACCAUAUUAGCUCAGGGGUUUGAGCAUUUUUGUCGCUGGCUCCUUUGGGCUCUUUCUCCUCCUCGCUGAGCUUCCCGGGGAGCAGGCCGGAUGUAAGUUAUCAACUAUAAAUAAAACCAAGACUUCCGUUCUGGCUCUCA